AAGAGAUUACUUAACGUACUUGACGUUUGUAUUUUUCAAACAAAGAAACAGAAAGAAAAAAAUAAAAUAAAAAAAUGCGUGGAAUCAGAACAAGAACAAAACCGCCGAUUAUUCCAUAUCCCAACUCGGACUCCACCUGACUCAGCGUCGACUCAGUUGACUCGUCCCCUUCAAAAAACUCCAAAAUCCAUCCUCCAACAUCACUAACUCAUCAAGCAUGUCAUCAUCACCGGAAGGAAAACGAUUAGAAGAAGAAUUAUCAUACCCAAUUCUAGUAGCGGAGCGAGUUCGCUCAGCGAUAGAAGAAUCCGACUCAUUCAAACUCGAGUGUUCCGAAGUAUGGAAACAAGUCGAACGCCUCCUUCAAAUGCUCCGUACGGUGGUGCGAUUCGCCGCUAAUCCUCCUCUUUAUGAACGUCCCGUCCGACGAGUCGCCGCCGAAACGGCGAAGAAUUUAGAACGCGCUUUAACCUUAGUCCGUAAGUGUAAACGCCGCAGUAUCCUCCACCGUGUUGUUAGCAUCGUCAGCGCCGCCGAUUUCCGGAAAGUUUUAGGUUAUCUCGAAGCCUCCGUCGGAGACAUGAAGUGGCUUUUAAGCAUCCUCGACGGCGACGGCGGAAUUAUCGUUUCACUUCCUCCAAUUGCGAGUAACGAUCCUAUUCUUUCUUGGGUAUGGUCUUUUAUUGCUUCUAUUCAAAUGGGUCAAUUGAAUGAUAAAAUUGAAGCUACAAAUGAACUUGCUUCACUUGCAUUGGAUAAUGAUAGGAAUAAAAAGAUUAUUGUUGAAGAAGGUGGUGUUUCACCUCUUUUGAAGCUUUUUAAAGAAGGUACUUCACCUUCUGCACAAAUUGCUGCUGCUAAUUGUUUAUGUCAUUUGGCUAAUGAUUUGGAUAGAGUUAGGGUUAUUGUGAAUGAGGCUGGAGUACCUGCUGUUGUGCAGGUUCUUUCCGACUCCACCAUUAGGGUUCAAACCCUAGCUGCUAAUUUAGUUUCAAGGAUGGCUAGACACGAUCCUGUUGCUCAAGAGGAUUUCGCGAGGGAAAACGCGAUUAGACCGCUUGUUACGCUUUUAUCGUUCGAUACUUCCGUGGAUGAGCAGUUUGGUAGACAGAGUAUUCAUUCUAUUUUUCAGAUUAAUAAGGAAUUAGGGAAGAAAACUGAUUAUAGGUCUGCUGGUACUGGUAGUCGACAGUUUGCGAAUUCGUAUUCGAAUGCAUAUUAUUAUACAGAAGGGAGUAGCCGAGGAGGGAAUCAUAGGAAGGAGAGGGAGAAUGAGGAUCCGGCUGUUAAGCUUCAGCUUAAAGUUAGCUGUGGUGAGGCGUUGUGGAUGCUUGCGGCGGGCAGUGUGUCAAACAGUAGGAAGAUAACUGAGACUAAAGGGAUGCUUUGUUUGGCUAAGAUUAUUGAGAAGGAACAGGGAGAGUUGCAGCGGAAUUGUUUGAUGACUAUAAUGGAGAUAACGGCUGCAGCUGAAUUUAAUGCUGAUCUUCGACGGGCCGCGUUUAAGACAAACUCCCCUCCUGCUAAAGCUGUUGUGGAACAGCUUUUGAGGAUAAUUAAAGAGGUUGACAGCCCGUCGAUGCAAAUUCCGGCGAUAAAGUCAAUUGGUUCGUUGGCCAGGACAUUUCCCGCUAGAGAGACUCGAGUGAUUGAACCUCUAGUAGCACAGCUGAGUAAUGGAGAUACAGAUGUAGCAGAUGAAGCGGCCGUUGCUCUUACCAAGUUUGCUUCUCCAGAUAAUUUCCUAUAUGUUGAGCAUUCUAAGAAAAUAAUCGAAUUCGAUGCAGUCCCGGCACUGAUGAAACUGCUGAGGAGUAACGAAGUUAACCAGAUGCAUCAUGCGCUAACUCUUCUCUGCUACCUUGCGCUACAUGCCGGCAGCAGCGAGUCGUUGGAACAAGCAAGGGUGUUGACGGCUCUAGAGGGUGCAGAUAGAACAAUUCUUCCUCAGCAUAUAAGAGAUUUGGUGUCUAGGGCAAUAUUACACCUCAACUUGUAUCAUGCAGGAAGGAAUUCUCAACCAAUGUCAUAUUUGCCUUGAGCACAAAUUCAUCUAGUUUAUGGACCUUUUGUUUUAAUGAAUUCAUCAGAGUAUAUAAUGAGUUGGUUUCGUCUGGCCUACUACUGGGGAUUAUGGGAAGUUUUAUUAUAUAGAAGAAAAAAAAUACUUCAAGAAAAUACAUUAGGUUUUUCAGCUUGGGCUGUUUUUAAUCCUUUUUCUCCCUCAUGAAACUAUUUAAUGGGGUGGCGGUUGUGCAGAGAUUAUUUAUAUUGGAUAAUCAACUCUCUUAGUCAAUCAAAUUUUUUGUUUGUGUACUUAUUUUGUUCAUGAAAUAUGUUCUCUACACCACAUUUUGAUAGUGCAAAUUCUUAUUUUUAUUUUUAGGAUAGAAAUUUUCGAGGUUAAAUUCGUUCAUCGAAUGUACAGUCCUGCUUCGCCAUUCAAAUUAUUUUUCCAGUUUACUUCUGACCUUACCUCUUGAUCAAUGAUCAACACAUACCUGUGUAAUUUUACUGAAAUGUGCUUUGUUCAUCAGUCUUUGGGAUUGUAUGUUAAGUUGAUAACGGGCUCUAUUCACCUCUUGUAAUA